AAUCGGUUAAAAUAACUGCUAAUUAGUAAAUUUUUGAGAAAAUAAGUAUAGGGUUUUCUAGCACUUGAAAAUCUCUAUGAAAUGAUAUAUUCCUUCGCGAUCAUCAAGAAAUCAGUAACUUACAAAUAAAAGCGUAAUGUACCAGAGUGACGCUAAUUAGCAUUAAUUAGCACUUAUUAAUUAUAAUCUCAUACCUUAAAAACGUAAUUUUAAAUUUUUUUCAUGAAACUAUAACCAUAAAUCAUUGGCUCCGAAGCUACGCAAGAACGACGCUUCUACGAUUAUUUUUGAUCGAACUGAAAGUUUUCCAAAAGGGGGACUAGCAAUUCAAGUUUUAAUUAGAAUUUAAACUUAAUUAACUAAUAACACUCAAUACUUGACAAAAUUUUGUUUUAUUCUAUAGGCAUACCAUUUGGGAUGUUGUCUACAUACCGGCCAAGUUUGAGGAUAUGUUUAAGGGGAUGGUAGCCCCUCUCCCUUAAUAUAAAAAUAUAUGAUUUAAAAUACGACGACACUUUUGAAACGAAAAAUGACAAAUGAAAAAAAGGUUACACGACAAUUUAAGCACGUUUGGAAUUCUUCUUAUUUAGUUACAAAGCGGAGAAACCGUUUAUUAUCUUCAACGGCACAACUAAUGAUGUAUCAACAUUUAAUUUCCAUCGAGCACUCACAAGAUUGACAAUACUGCCUAUUCUAAACUUAAUCAUGGUCUCAUUCGGACAGGUAGUAAUCCUGCAGACAGACAAAAUUAUCGUUUUUCUGAAAAACUGACAUCAGUGAUUUAUUAAAUAUUACACAUAGGAAUCCCGAUACAUCAGGAGCAUUUCUUUGAUUAAAGUUAAAAUAAUUAAAGUUGUUAAUACUUACUUAUACUGAAAAUCAACAACCGUUACAUUUGCAUUCAGCAUGGGUUGUUGUAUUUGUUUGUCAAUUAUGGUGUUCAUGGCUUAAAAAUAAAACAUUUGCUAAUAAAUCAUCACUAUCACCAGCAACAAAAGAUAAAAAAACAAAAAUAGUGCAGAUAAAUAUUUUAUAAAUAAAACAGCUUACAUAUCAGUUUUAAUUAACAGCAUUCAAUUUACUUUACUUAAUAAUAUUAGUUAAAUAAAAAGAACCUUCCAAAAGAAGUCUUAAGUAUAUACCUAUUUAAUUAUCAAUCAUGUGAAUCUAUAUUUCGUAAUACGAGAUCAUUGAGUGGUGCUUAUUCUACAAUUAUUAAUUUUACAGUUAGUGAUUUUCUUUGACGAGCUGAAAACUUAUCGAUAUUAAAUCAAAUUAGGUGUAGUGAAUAAUUGAACAAUACUGAUCAGCAUCUUUUAUUUCCAGUACAUUACAAACAUAAAAAAUAUAAGCAUUCAUUAACGUUACAAAUUGUUGAUGAUGUUGAAUAAUUUGAAUUGAAUAAUAUGUAUUUCAUUUAAAGUAUUAAAUUAAAUUAGAAUUGAAUAAUAAAAUUAAAUAAUAAUUAAAUUUCGCAUCGAAAAUUUUUGAUAAUUCAACAACAGAUAAUACCAAUGAUGAUUCUGAUUCAGAACGUGAACCUGAAUUAGAUAAAUGACACUAUUCAUCUUAAAACAGUUCUAUUGUUUGGCAUUUCAGGUACAAAAUGAGUUAGAAUAAUGAAUAGUUUAUUUCGGUUUCAAGGUUCAGACAUGGAGAUAGUGUACGGAGUUUGAGACGAAUCAACAAUUUUGCAUCGGAGCGAAUAUUCUUCUUAAGAAGCCUAACUCGAAACUGUUUCGGAUCUAUCGGAUCUCUUUUCUCUUCAAUCAUACAUUACGUUACGUUCUAUAGAAGCCAAAAAACAAAUUGGUUUCAUUGCAGUAAGCUACAGUUUAAGGAACGAAGCGUACCUAGAUCAUAACAGACCUUCUCAUGCAAUUGUGCUCUAUGUCACUCUUCCACAAAAGAAGUCCCGAACGCAGUCUCGUUCGGCACUGCGCGUCAUUUGACUUAUCGUUAAAAAAAAGAGAAACAGGAGGGUACACAAUACGAACGUUUGUCAAUUUAGACACUUGUCAGCAUAGUCAGAUGGAGAUAAUAAAGAAGAUUACGCAUGGGUGAGGACUAGGAAAACUCAACCCGACACUGUGAACAUCUAUUUGUAAGCAACUUAUUUGUUAAGAAUGUUUUGCUAAACGGUACGAUGGCUAUGUCAUUCACCGAUAUAUAUAAAAGAGGCCAGAGUGCAAGAACUAUCAAGAGAAUUCUUCUCUAACAAAACUUUCGAUUACAACUACGAUCAUCAUCAGCCACAUUUAUACGGAAAACAUACGCAGUAUAUAUAUUUUCAUUUAUCUGUUUUUCUCUUUCUUUCUGCUUUCUUCUGCACUUUAAAUAAAACGCAUCUUUCUAAGAAGUAUGACAUUCCAAGGAAAAAAAACAAGAUAAUUGUUGUCAUUCCAAUGUUCAUAAUUUUUAGAAAUAUUUGCUACAAUCGGUGUCAUAAAUAAUAUAAUUGCUGUAUACAUAUGCUCUACAAUCCCGGCUCUUAGUGUCCGAAUAUCAUCGGACUUUCAUGAUUUGAGAGAUACGUGUAAAACGUAUUUUGCUCAGUACUUUACAGGAACAUUUUUCAGGUGAGAAUUUGAAGCAGAGACAAGUUUCAACGUUGUGGCCAUAUAUCAGUAAGACUGGAUGAAUUUGUAACAUCUACGGAUUGUCUGAAUGUUUCGUGCAGUUUAUUCAUCAAGUACCAGAUCCAGAUCAGUCAUCAACUACUUUGACCAUACCUAUUGGUUCACCGUUACCUCAUGUUCAAUUCUUGUUAUUGAGGGAACAAAUGGAACAAGUAACUACAAUUGAUCAACCUCGUGAAAUGUAUAUGAGUGCGGGAUCAGAACAAUUACGAGCACUUUGUAAUGUUCUAGCUUUCAAAGGCUAUCUGAAUGAACCCGAAUCGACGGCCAAAGUAUUGAUAGACAAUCCUUACUAUGGCGGAAAAAUGUGUAAAGCUGGCGAUCUAGCUAAAUGGACUCCUAAUGGUGAACUAGUUUACAUUACAUAG